AUGGCGGCCUCCCAGCUAGCUGCACUAGAAGGAGUAGAAUCAGGGACUGGUGAGCUACCCUUGACUGAGGCCAGCCCUGGUUUCCUGUAUUCUGAGGGCCAGCGGCUAGCCCUUGAAGCUCUUCUGAGCAGUGGUGAGGAGGCCUUCCGGACCUGCCUGCGGCAGGAGAGGCUGCGGCCCUUCCUGAGUGCAGAUGAGGUUCGGGCCUUGGCUGCAGCCGCUCAAGACUGGACAGUUCCCAGCCACGAUUUUGGCUGGGCAGGUGUAGGAGCUGCCAUCACCACUCAGGAGGAUGUGGGCAGCCUGACCUACUGGCCUGGACAGUCAGAGGAGCCGGCACCUCUGCUGCAGCUGGGCUGGCUGGAGGACACUGCCUGGAAAGGCAUCACCCGGGCACAGCUGUACACCCAACCACCGGGUGAGGGCCAGCCACCUAUCAAGGAGCUGGUACGUCAGGAGAUCCAGGCUGCUCAAAAGCUGGUGGCUGUGGUCAUGGAUGUCUUCACUGACCCUGACCUGCUCACAGACAUGGUGGAUGCUGCCACACGACGCUGGGUACCUGUUUAUCUACUGCUCGAUGGUCAGCAGCUGCCUGCCUUCCUGGCGCUGGCCCAGCAGCUGGGGGUGAACCCCUGGGCCACUGAGAACCUGGACAUUCGAACAGUGCAGGGCCACACUUUCCAGAGCCGCUGGCGACGGCAGGUGAGUGGCCAUGUACGAGAGAAGUUCCUGCUGCUGGAUGGUGACAGGGUCAUCUCUGGAUCCUACAGCUUCACGUGGAGCGAUGCACGCCUGCACAGGGGCCUGGUGACCCUGCUCACCGGGGAAAUUGUAGAUGCCUUCAGCCGGGAAUUCCGAACGCUGUAUGCUGCCUCCAGGCCACUCCCACCAGCACCUGCCAGGAGCCCCCUGCUCAGCCCUCCGGGGAACCCACAGCUGUCCCGAAACCCACACCAUGUGGCUCUCCGCUGUCCCGUGGCCCCUGUGGCCCCACUGCUACCUGAUGGGCCUCUGGCCCACCGCCUGGCUUCCUGCCGAAUACUUGAAGGGGACAGACUGGAGGCCCCCGCUGCCAUAGGGCCUGCUCUCAGUGACAUCCUGAGGAGUGUACAGCGUACCAGGACUGCUAGCGGCCCCCCAACCAGACCCAGCCGCUCCCUGUGGGACCUCAGCCGCCUGUCACAGCUCUCUGGCUCUAGUGAUGGAGAUAAGGAGUUCAAGAAGUCCUGGGGCUUCAAGGACACUCCAGCCAGGGCCCUGAUGAGGCAGCGGGGCACAGGAGGGGGCUCCAGGGGUGAGACGGACUCCCGUCCACUGGCCUGGUCACAGCCCUGGGGUGGCCCUCUGCCUACAAUCCCGGCCCACCGCCUGCGCUACCUGUCCCCAGCCCAAAGGAGAUUGGGAGACAAUACCACAUCAGACUGGGUGUCUGGCUUAGGCCCUAGGAGGAGACGCUGA